AUGGUCCGCAGUAGCCACCUUGAAACUGAGGAGAGUGCUGCCGCCAUUGCAGCUGGCCUCACCCAGGAGGAACGCCAAAGGAUUUGGACGGCCGUGGCGAGUUUGGAGGUUCAAAGGGAGGCUCCUUCGAAGCCGAGCUUCCGCGCCCUCAGAAGUUAUUUUCUCAAAGACUACAAGUGUGGUGGCGUCUUUCAAAACGAAGAAUAUGAUCAUCAUGCAGACGAUUGGUGCUGGAUCCACAAAGGAUCAGGUAUCAAGGUCUGGGCAGAUGCAUUGGACCUCACGCAAUCGUGUGGCAUUGGUGACGUUGAAUGCGUCUUUCACUACACCACGGAGAAAGGUUUUCGAAACAUCACGGAUCCCAGCAAGCAAGCAGUUGAACUCUUUGCGUCUCUCAUCACCGAAGGUGAAAAGGCCAAUGCAUGGUGGGGCAAAGGCGUGUACUCUGUGAGAAAGGCGCCAGAUGAAUGGCCAGAUGUGGCAACGCUGAUUGACAACAACUACAGGAACAUGCACAAAAGGGAUAUUGAGUUGAAGGGCCGCGAGGCAGCAGACCAGGAGUACCGCUCCAGGGUUGCAUACUGCAUCCCCAUUUUGGCCAAUGUUGCCAUGACGUAUGAUGUUUCCGUGCAACAGACGCCAGAGAUGGUCGAGAAGGGCAAGCCUGCCGGCGUGAACCUUGCGGGAAAGAUGCUGAACGAGCCGGGGCAACCGGAGAGGCAAUGCAUCGUCAUCCGGGUGGAAAGAGAGGAAGAAGUGGGGAACGCCAGUGCAGUGCUGGUGGACACGCUUCGUUGCCGCGCUGAAGCCGCAGCCAAGCGUGUGGGGCAGCCAGCCACUGAGGCCAUAGUGGCUACGGGCCGGUUGGCGCAGGUGGUGGCCGAGCGCGGCGGGCUCUCGGAGGCCUUGGGGCUCAGGCGGCGAGAGCUGGCGGCCUGGGAGGCGGCCGUUGGAGCGGAGGAUCCAAGGACGCUGAUGGCCAUGCACAACUUGGCCUUUGUCCUGGAUUGCCUGGGGAACUAUCCUGAGGCAGAGGAGCUUCUGCGAAGAGCUCUGGAAGGACGAGAGAAACAUCUGGGGCCGGAGCAUCUGGAUACCCUGAAUUCGUUGCUGAAUCUGGGUGAUCUCUUAACGCACAAACGACAAUUUGAGGAGGCAGAACCGCUUUAUCGCAGAGCACUUGAAGGAACUGAAGCGCAACUUGGACCAAUGCAUCCACAUACCCUCAUUUCUGUGAACAACUUGGCCGUUGUUCUGAAGAAGCAGAAUAAGUUGGAGGAGGCGGAAAAACUUCAUCGCAGAGCACUGGAAGGAACUGAAGCGCAACUUGGACCGAUGCAUCCGGACACGCUCGUUUACGUGAACAACUUGGCCGUUCUUCUACAGAAUCAGAACAAGUUGGAUGAGGCGGAAAGGUUCUUUCGCAGAGCAUUGGAAGGAACUGAAGCACAGCUUGGAGCAACCCAUCCGAGCACCCUUCAGUCAGUGACCAAUCUGGCAGCUCUCCUUAAAGAGCAGAACAAGCUGGAUGAGGCCGAAGAGCUUCACCGUGCAGCCCUGGCAUCGAAAGAGUCGCAGCUGGGGCCGAAGCAUCGGAGUACCAUCGCGUCGUUCUUUUACUUGGCGGAUCUGCUGGAGGCGAAAGGGGCCUUCAUCGAGGCAGAGAAGCUUUAUCUCAGUGAGCUGCGCGGAUUGGAGGCACUCCAUGGCCCAGAUGCCAAGGUGACGCGUGGACGGCGCAGAGCACUGCAUCGCUUCCAACAGCAGCACGGCCUGGCUGGAGGCUUGUUGAAAGUGGAGGAAACGUUGCAGCAGCUGCUGGCUGCAGGAUUAGAGAAAUGCCUGGCUUCCGCGGAGGUUGAAUCAGCUGCGCAAACUCCUCGGGUGGAUGCUUGCAAACUCAAUGUUCCCGAGCAGCCCGAGCAGGACUCUGGUCAUGGCGGCGUUCUUCCACCCGAAGAUCCGCCACCGUCUUUGCCAGCGCAUCAAGUUCCAUUGCGAACUUGGUCCGACGCUCCAGCACCCGUGCAGCCCGCCAACGAGCCGCCGCUGCUGGACGACGGAGCUUCCAAGCCACUGACGCCCCGCCCCGCCGGCGCCGCCUAUGGCGCCUUCUCGGAGCCCACGGAAGCCCUGCAGCGAUACCACGCGAGGGCCUCGGUGGUGGAACGCCGCGAGCACGGCGUGGAUUAUCAUUACAUGGCGACCCAAACCAAGGAAUAUUACACAUUUGGAGAAUCUACGUGGGACCUUGUGUUGUUGAUCGGUACCGGUACACUUGGUCCUGCCGGGGCCGCCCAAACCAUUGUUUUGGUGGUGAUGAACAUCCUGAUGCAAGGCGUCUUCGUUGGCAUCGCGUGGUUCAACUUUUUGGAACCCGACGUCGACGCACAGACCAUGCGGCAGGAUGCCUUUCGCUGGCGGAGGUCCUCGGCACACUCACUGAGCGAGUAUGAUGCGGUGUCACGGAUGUCUUUGGCGGAAAGGGUUUGUACUGGCGACAAGUCCUUGCACCUUUCUGGAGUUCAGAUGGGCCUCAUCGAGGACAUCGGGAAGUAUCUCAAACCAACCAAGGAAGGAUUGGAAACCUAUUUUGCAGGACCAGUCCUUUGCAUGGUGGCGCUCAUUUGCUGGUACAUGAUGGUCGGGAAAGAGGUGAGCCAUGCACUUGGGCUACACAGAGGCCUCCUGGCGAUUCCUCGAGGGGAGAACAAAAUCGAGCCUCGGGAGAACCCAUUCACGCAGAUUACGCACUUGAGGUUGGUUUCGAUCACCAAUCGAUGGGUGGUGGCGAGCUAUUGUUUGUUGAUCUAUCGGCUCGUUGCCGCUGCCCUUCUCAUAUACGUCGGAACCUUUUUCUUGGUGUACACCAUUGACGUGACAGAGUUGAUUUUGAACGCAGUGGCGCUGGAAAUUAUUUUGGACAUCGAUGACCUGAUUUUUGACUCCUUGGCCACCACUUCGGGUCGCCAUUUGGUGAACCACCUGGAACCGCUCCCGAUGCCCUCCUUGCCACGCGUGCGCGGGGCGGAUAUCAAGUCGAUCUUGAUGAGCUGCAUUCUGCGCCUUGGGCUGCCGCGGGAUGCCCAAUGGGAUGCCCGGUGGGAUGCCACGGAGGGG